AUGCAUCUGCACCACGGUGGUAUCCUGAUGUAUGAGGAAGUGCCCAUGGUGGAAAUGGAUGGGAUGAAUUUGGUAGAAACCAGAGCCAUCCUAAGAUACAUCGCUGCAAAAUACGACUUGUACGGGAGGACCCCGAAGGAACAAGCCUGGAUCGACAUGUAUGCAGAAGGCUUGAAGGACCUCAGUGACAUGGUCAAGUUCCUCCCGCUCUCCCUGCCCGGGGAGAAGGAGAUGAACCUCCAAUACAUCCUUGAAAGAGCCACAACAAGGUUCUUCCCCGUCUAUGAGAAGGCACUAAGAGACCGCGGGCAAGAUUUUCUGGUGGGCGAUCGGCAGAGCUGGACGGAUGUACAGCUCCUUGAAGUCAUCUUCAUGGUUGAAGAGUGCAAACCCAAGGUCCUCUCAGGCUUCCCUCUGCUACAGGAAUUUAAGGCCAGAAUCAGCUCCAUUCCCACAAUUAAUAAAUUUCUCCAGCCUGGAAGCCAGAGGAAACCUCCAUUAGAUGAAGAUUCCACUGAGGUCGUGAAGAAUAUAUUCAAAUUUGAACAUGGCAUGUCUCUUAAAAACAUGGGUACAAUAAUAGCUGAGCAUUAA